AUGGUCACUGAUGAUGACGAUCACAAAAAUCACAUGACCACUGAUAAUAAAAAUCAUCCUGUUAACAAUAAUAUUUCAUCUUCAAAUUCUUCACCAACAGUCACAACAAUAACACCAUCCACACCUACUAUUUCAUCAUCCUCAAGCUCUAAAUCAACAUCAGCAUCAACAUCGCCUUCGACACUUCAAUUGCUUGGUAUUGAUAAUCCAAUUAUCAACAUGUACUAUUUGGAUGUUAACGCUAAUUCUACCAACACUGCUAGUACUACUACGAGUUCUAUUUAUAAUCAGGCAACUCCACCUUCGAAUAUCAUAUUUAAUGAUUUUAAUAAUGGCGACUUUUACAAUCAAAAUUUAACAUUUCCGUGUAAUACUGUUUUGGUCAACAAUAAUUUUCCUUCCGCAUCCAAUAAUAAUACCGCUUCUAUUGUCGCUACCGUUGCUAGUACUACUACUAGUAGUAAUAAUAAUAGCCCAACACUACUACUGACAUCACCGACAUCGUUUUCAUCUUCGUCAACAAUAAACGCAAAUCUUACCAAUAAUAAUAGUAAUCAACAAUAUUCAUCUUUAUUUUCAUAUGUUGAUACAUCAUCUAAUGCACUACAAAAUUUUGAAGAAGAAGACGAACUACUAAAAGCAGCAAUCAACAUCUAUGGGCCUCAUAAAUGGUCAUUGAUAGCAGCUCACGUUCCAAACAGAACGCCGAUGCAAUGUUCAACAAGAUGGUUAGGUGCUCUUAACCCAACAAUCCAUAAAGGCCGUUGGACUCCAGAAGAAGAUUCAUUGCUGAAAGAGGCAGUUGGCGAGUAUUUGAAUUUAUUGGAUUCAGAUGGCCACCCACAACCUAUACCCUGGAACAAAAUAGCACAACGUAUUCCACAUCGAACUGGUAUUCAGUGUCAGGCUCGUUGGUCGGAAGCAUUGGAUCCAUCAGUUAGAAAAGGUAAAUGGUCACCGGAUGAAGAUGAAAUUUUAAAAGAUGGUGUCAGACGUUAUGGUAGAUGCUGGAUUCGUAUUGCUGAAUUGAUCGAUGGCAGAACUCAGCGCCAAUGUAGGACAAGAUGGGUUCAGAUUAGAAAUAAACAAGCUAAAAGUGAAAGAGAUUCUAUAGCAGCUAAAGCAGCCGUAUCAGUUAAUGGAUGA